AGAGAGAGAGAGAGAGAGAGAGAGGGGUCAAUAAACUUGAAAGGAAGCCAGAGAACAAAGCAGUUGAGGGUUUACUCAGUUCUUACAUUCCAGCCCGCUUAUUUUUACAUUUGGAAGCCAAGGUUUUAUCUGUUUACAACCUUGUAGAAAAGAGACUUUGUGGAGGAGACUUUGUGAUGUGCAGUGGUACAAAGAGGAAACCAACACAUACUGGUUUCAACAUGGAGAACGAAUUUCAAAAGGAAGACGGGGUUUGCUAUGAUUUCUCUGUUUUGCUUGAAUUGUCUGCCUUGAAUGAUCUGAUCGGUUUUAAGAAAGCAAUUGAAGAGGAGGGUUAUGAUGUUGAUAUGCCAGGUUUGUGGUAUGGAAGGAGAAUUGGCUUGUAAAAAAAGGGGGUUGUGGAGAGGACACCCCUCAUGAUUGCUGCGUUGUUUGGAAGCAAAGAUGUGUUGAAUUAUAUCUUGGAAACAGGUCAUGUAGAUGUCAACAGGGGUUAUGGGUCUGAUGGGGCCACAGCGCUUCACUGUGCUGCUGCAGGUGGCUCUUCCUCUGCACCUGAGGUUGCCAGGCUCUUGCUUGAUGCCUCUGCUGAUCCUAAUUCUGUUGAUGCCAAUGGAAAUCUCCCUGGAGACUUGAUUGCUCCAGUUGUCAAGUCUGGUUCUAAUUCAAGGAAAAAGACCCUGGAAAUCAUGUUAAAGGGUGGUACCAGUGGUGAAGAAACAUGUGUUUUGGCUGAUCAAAUUGCAGAUGAGAUGGAUGGGAGGGAACAGCAAGAAGUAUCAACGCCAAGGGUAUCAAAAGAUGGGUCUGAGAAGAAGGAGUAUCCUAUUGAUCUGACACUUCCGGAUAUUAAGAAUGGGAUGUAUGGAACUGAUGAGUUUAGAAUGUAUACUUUUAAGGUCAAGCCGUGCUCUAGGGCUUACUCUCAUGAUUGGACAGAGUGCCCAUUUGUGCACCCUGGGGAGAAUGCUAGGCGCCGUGACCCCAGGAAAUAUCACUAUAGUUGUGUUCCAUGUCCUGAGUUUCGAAAGGGGUCUUGCAGGCAGGGUGAUGCCUGUGAAUAUGCACAUGGUAUUUUUGAGUGCUGGCUUCAUCCUGCGCAGUAUAGAACUCGUCUCUGUAAAGAUGAGACAGGUUGCACUAGGAGGGUGUGUUUCUUUGCUCACAAGCCUGAAGAGCUUCGUCCCUUGUAUGCCUCCACAGGUUCAGCAGUGCCUUCUCCUAGAUCCUACUCUGCCAAUGGUUCCACUUUUGACAUGAGUUCUAUUAGCCCACUUUCCCUUGGUUCUUCAUCUGUCUUGAUGCCAUCUACAUCAACUCCACCUAUGACUCCAUCUGGGUCCUCUUCACCUAUGGGUGGAUGGACAAACCAGUCUAAUGUGGUGCCCCCUGCAUUGCAGCUUCCUGGUAGCAGGUUAAAAGCUGCAUUGUGUGCACGAGAUAUGGAUUUAGACAUGGAAUUGCUUGGGCUUGAAAGUCACCGUCGAAGGCAACAAUUGAUGGAUGAGAUUUCUGGUCUCUCCUCCCCUUCCAGCUGGAACAAUGGUUUCUCCACCGCCUCAGCUUUUACUGCCUCUGGUGAUCAAACUGGGGACUUGAAUAGGCUUGGAGGAUUGAGGCCUACUAACCUUGAAGAUAUGUUUGGAUCCCUCGAUCCUUCAAUUUUGCCUCAGUUGCAGGGACUCUCACUGGAUGGUGCAACAACCCAUUUGCAGUCUCCUACGGGCCUGCAGAUGCGCCAGAACAUAAACCAGCAGCUUCGGUCCAGCUAUCCCACCAGCUUCUCAUCUUCUCCUAUGAGAACAUCACCAUCUUUUGGAAUGGAUCAUUCUGGAGGUGCAGCAGCAGCAGUUUUGAGUUCAAGGUCUGCUGCCUUUGCAAAGCGUAGCCAGAGCUUUGUGGAACGAAAUGCUGUGAACCGUCACCCAGUUUUUUCUUCACCAGCAAAAGUAAUGCCUCCUAAUCUUUCAGACUGGGGUUCCCCUGAUGGAAAAUUGGAUUGGGGUAUUCAGGGAGAAGAGCUUAAUAAGCUUCGAAAGUCUGCUUCUUUUGGGUUUCGAAGCGAUGGUAGCAGUUUUGCCCCAGCUGCUGCCUCAGUGCCAGCAACUAUUGGUGAGCCAGACGUGUCAUGGGUACAGUCCCUGGUGAAGGAUAACCCUCCUGUGAAACCCGGGCCAUUGGGUUUAGAGGAGGAGCAGCAGCAGCAGCAGGAGCAGCAGCUGCAAUGUCAUCUUAACAUUGGAGGUUCAGAGAUGCUCCCUGCUUGGGUGGAGCAGCUGUAUAUCGAGCAGGAGCCAUUAGUGGCUUAGAAGCAAUAUAAGCCCUGAUUUGGCUCGUAGUUCAGCAUUUAACUAUUUAUUUCUUGUCAUUUUUUAAAUUUUAUUAAGUUUUGAUGAUAUCCAGGAGUAAGAAACUGGAGAAAGGACAGAAGGAAAAAACAAAAUUGAAAUUAAACCCCGAGGAAGAAUUCAAAGACAUCUGAGCAGGAGGAAAGGUUUCUGCUCAUGGAACUCUUAGAUUCUUAAGAACAAUACAUUCUUUUUCACCAGCAGAUGGAAGUUGUAAGCAAAAUCUUGUGCUGAUGAGUUAGAGGCGGUCGCCUCCGGAUUUCAUUUUAUUACCCAUAGCCUGAUUUCGUUAGCUCGUGGGUUGUAUACAUCAUAUGUACUAAAAACUGUUACAUCAAUUACUUUUAAUAAAACAUGUAUCAGAAUUAAGUGAAUCCUUCUUUGUGCGUGCUACAUGAGCCCGCGUCUCAUCUUGUUCUUGUUUUGAUAUGUUAGUAAGAGCUUUUGUA